AUGGUUCUCCUCGGCCGAACAAUUGGCGUUCUUUUACCGCUCUGCUCCGCCCUUACCUAUGCAUCUCCAGUCCAUCAUACGAGGCGGUACGAUGCUCAAAGCUACGACUUCAUCAUUGUGGGUGGUGGCACGGCUGGGCUUGCGCUAGCGGCGCGCUUAACCGAGGAUGGGAAAACGACCGUCCUGGUGCUGGAAGCUGGUGGUCCCCCCGACCAGGUGGCUGCGUACAAGGCACCAGGCGCCGACCUGCAGGUGCUGGGCUCGCCGAUCGACUGGGCAUUCACGACACUGCCGCAGGAAAGUUUGAAUGGGAGGCAGUUGGUCUACAACCGUGGCAGGUGUCUGGGUGGCAGUUCAGCCAUCAAUGGACUCACGUAUGGAAGGGGUUCGUCGAGCCUUUACAACUUGUGGGAGACGCUGGGUAAUUCAGGCUGGGGAUGGGACGAGGUUCUUCCGUACUUCAAGAGGUCAACAACCUUCUUCCCCCCUCGAGAGGAAGUUGCCCAGCAGGAGUUCGACGCUUCCCUGUAUGACCAGGGACCGGUUGCACUCUCUUAUUCUCCAUACGUCAACGGGACUCCCGGGAGCAUCGCGUUUGUUGAAUCACUCUCUGCUAUCCAGGUGCCGACUGUCCAAGAGCUGAAUGGCGGCAACAACGUCGGAGCUAAGCAGGAGCCUCUCACCAUAGACGACAAGUACCGCCGAAGCUCAAGUUACGACAGUUACUAUAUGCUGGCAAAGGACAGGCCGAAUCUCCGAGUCUUGCCUUUCUCACCCGUCCAGCAGAUCAUCCUCCAGGAGGAUGCUGGGAACCUUACAGCGAUUGGAGUGGUGUACAUCGACCACCCUGGAGGACGGACGUUGAAUGUCACGGCAACAAAGGAGGUCAUCAUGAGUGCUGGCUCUAUUCAAACUCCCCAGCUGCUCAUGUUGUCUGGCAUCGGCCCGACUGAGACUCUGAACGAGGCAGGGAUCAAGGUCUACCUCGCCAACGAAAAUGUCGGGCAGAACCUCCAAGACCACACCUACUUCAGCAUCAACAUCGAAGUCGACCCCUCAAUCUCCCACUCCUCCCUCUACCGUGACUUCUCCAAACUCCAACAAGCCGAACAAGAAUACUGGGAGCCCAAAGGGCCCCUCCGAGCCCCAGUCGGUCUAUCCUACGGCUUCGAAAAGGUACCCGCCGACGUUUUGAUCUCCCUCAACGCCACAACACUAGCCUCCGAGCGUCCCAACCAAGCGCACAUCGAGUACUACUAUGAGACAAUCUACUAUCCCAACAUCCCCUCCCCUUAUUACCUCCGGCACGAAUACAACACCUCCUACGUGAGCCUCACCGCCGGCCUGGUCGCCCCAUUGUCUAAGGGCUCCGUCUCAGUCCGCUCGAACAGCCUCUCUGACCCGCCCGAUAUUGACCUCCAGUACUACACCCACCCAGAAGACCAAGCCGUCGCCGUCCACGCCUUCAAGAACCUCCGCAGAGUCCUAGCCGAGUUUGCCGCUGCGUGCAAUUGCACUGUCGGCGCAAACCACGGGGAGGUUAAUCCCGGGCCCGACAAGGUGCGGACAGAUGAGCAGAUAAUGGAGUAUAUCCGAGAGACGGCUGUGACAGUUUGGCAUGCGAGCGGGACGUGUGCUAUGCUGCCGAGGGAGAAAGGUGGUGUGGUGGAUAAGAGGUUGAGGGUUUAUGGGGUAGAGGGGUUGAGGAUUGUCGACGCGAGCGUGUUUCCUGUCAUUCCGGACCAGCAUAAGCAGGGCCCUGUUUAUAUGGUUGCUGAAAAGGCGGCGGAUAUGAUCAAGGAUGAUUGGAGAUUGUGAGGUGUGACGGCGCCUGCCGUUGGAGUGCAGGUGGCGGCACCUGCCCUGGCAUUUAACCUCUGCAUCGCGAGAACUCUUCCAGCUUCUUUUCCUUUUCUCCUCAUCGUGGGAUUAGCAGAAUAAAGUUAGCAACUGCAGUGCCUACGUGCCUCGCCUCGAUGCUACUCCUCUUUCACAUGAGGAGUAGUGUCAGACAUCUCAGGAAUAAAUGAAUAACUGACAAGCCUAUAUAUAUAUUGUGAGCCUAUUCGGCCUAUGGACAGGAUUAAGCAAGUAAAUAAAUGCAUAAAUCUCAG